GCUGAGAGCCAGAGUCAGAAGGCAAAAGGGACUCUGGGACUCACAUUGAACUAACAGGAAGACCCUAUAUUCACUUAAGUUCUGCGACUGAAAGAGGUGGAAAAUGUGUAAAGGAUUAGCUGCCUUACCCCAAACCUGCAUCGAAAGGGCUAAGGAGAUCAAGUCGAAAUUGGGAGUAUUUCUGCAGAAGCCAGAAAAUGCCAUUGACCUCAUCAUCCCGUACCCGGAGAAGACGGAGAAGAAGCCGGAGAAGCUGCAGAAGCCGACACCUGAGGAAGCAGCUCAGUGGCGUGAGAGUCUGGACCGAGUCCUGAACAACAACUAUGGGCUGUCUGCUUUCCGUAGCUUCCUGCAGUCCGAGUUCAGUGAUGAGAAUAUUGAGUUCUGGAUGGCCUGUGAGGACUUCAAGAAGACCAAGAACCCUGUGAAGAUGGCAGCCAAAGCCAAGAAGAUUUAUGAGGACUAUAUCCAGUCUGAGGGGCCCAGAGAGGUGAAUAUCGACCACUUCACCAAGGACGUGACUCUGAGGAACCUGGUGGAUCUGUCUCCUGAGACCUUCGACCUGGCCCAAAAGAGGAUCCACGCUCUGAUGGAGAAAGACUCCUUUGGUCGUUUCCUCCGAUCUGAGCAAUUCCAGGAGCUCCUGGUCAACUAAGCCUGAGGAUGGAGGGGGUCUGAGGAGGAGGAGGAGGGCCGGGUGGGGUGGAGUGGGGUGGGGUGAUGGGGACGUUUCCAUCUGCAGUAACAGGAAAACAUUAGAUGACAAAUAAAAAUUGCUACGAUUAGUUAUUUCCAUCUGAACUACAUUUGUAUAUGACUGCAAAAAGAUUUUACAAGAAAUGCUAAAAAACAUAUGAGAAAAUUAAAUGACAAAAAUAAAUAUCAAAUGUAGCUACAGACAAAGACUGCUUUUUGGAAUACCCUCACCUCCCCAACGAACACACAUGAACUUCCAUUUUAGUGAGGACUUCGACAAUACUGAAUUAAUCCACCUUAAACGAGAACCAUGCACCAGGAAUACAUCACCUGUUAAAAUGUCCGUAAAAGCCUAAAUGGUUUAAAUUUCUGAAGGUAGCAG